AUGAGCGUGUGCGAACUUCAUUUGUGGCAUUGUAUGCUGAAUGAAUUUAAAAAAGGUAGUACAACUACGGAUACGGUUAAAAACAUUUGUGAAGUGUAUGGUGAAUAUGCUUUGAAUUUGAGAAAGUGUCAAAGAUGGUUCUCCAAAUUUCGAAAAGGUGAUUUUAACCUUUCUGACGAACCGAGAUCCGGUCGACCAACAGCGUUCAAUCCUGAGGCAUUGAAAGCUUUAAUCGAGUUAGAACCACAAUUAACUACCGAUGAAAUUGCUGAGAGAUUAGGCAGUAGCAGCAGUACUGUCCAUAGACAUUUAAUACAAUUGGGAAAAGUAUCGAAACUGAGAAAAUGGGUACCGCAUGAACUGAUGGUUUCUAACCAUAUCCAGCGCAUGAACAUUUGUGCUUCCCUGCGAGAUCGACAAAAUAAUCGUUCAUUUCUCGAUCAGAUUAUUACUGGUGACGAAAUGUGUGUCUUAUACUGCAAUCCCAAACGAAAACGUCAAUGGCUAUCACCUGGUCAAUCAUCUUUACAGUGCCCAAAACCAGGGCUUCAUCCCCGGAAAGUUUUGUUGCGCGUGUGGUGGGAUAUUAGAGAAAUUAUUCAUUUUGAGCUUUUAAAACAAAAUCAGACCGUAACAGCUGAGAUUUACAGCCAACAACUUGAACAUCUUCAAGCAGCGUUAAUGGAAAAACGACCAUCAUUAGUGAAUCGCAAAGGUGUUCUAUUCCACCACGAUAAUACUAGGCCACACACAGCAAGGAUAACAGUACAAAAAAUUAAAAAUUUCAAUAGGGGAACUUCUGCCACACCCACCAUACUCUCCAGAUCUUGCCCCACGCGAUUACCAUCUAUUCCGGUCAAUGCAACAUUUUUUAAGUGGAAAAAAUUUCAACAAUAG